AUGUCCUCUAGUCAGAUUAACCAAGCAUUGAAAGAGAUCAUCCCGUCGUAUAACGGGGAGAAUCGUUCAAAGCUUAUCAAUUAUGUCGAUUCGUUAUACCAUCUCAGUCUCAGAAAGCAGAGCGGGUUACCAAACAACAGUGGUAUAGGAAGGUACCACUUGUGCACUUAUGUGAUAGCUGAGAAGUAUCAAAACUUGUUUGAUCUUCCAACUCCUGACAAGUCAAGGAUACCGAUUCAACCACAAUUGGUUGAUAAGCUAAUCGAUGAUUUUCGAGAUUUCGUUAAUCAAUUAUCUGCAGCAAGUACGCCAAACUCAAGUCCCCAAAAAAGAAAAAGAAUUGCAAGUACGCCAAACUCAAGUCCUCAAAAAAGAAAAAGAACUGCAAGUAGCUCUCAAACAACCCCUGUGUCUGGUAGUUUCAUGGGAAGUCUAAAUGAGAAAAUAAAGCAAUCUGGCUCUCCUUUGAAAAAACUCCGGCAAGCUGCAGAUACGACUCUGAGUAACUCAAAUAAUGACAAUGAUAUCGAAAAUGAUAUCGACAAUGAGGACAAAAACUCUCCAUUCAUAGAGAAACCAAAGACACCGUCGAAACGGAAAACUAGACAUGACCCUAAAGUUGUUCUGAUCCCUGAGUUUAUUACAUUUUGCAAUACCUUCUUUAUACCAGCCAAAUACUCCUCGCAAAUGAUACGAACAUUUUUCCUUCACAAGCACAAAUUUGCAAAGAAAACUGAUUGGCCGCUAGCUUGUGGUAUAAUAUAUGCUGCAUAUAUUAGAAUCAAUAGCCAAUUACUUAGCAAGACAAUAGGUGCAAAGUCAGAGUUUAUGGCACUUAUGUUGCAGUAUCAAAGGGGCGGCUUACUGAAGCUGACCCUUCAAUCGUGGUGUACUUUAGUGGGAGACUGGAUCAAGGACGAGCCUUGGAUACAAGCUAUAGAAAAGCAGUACGUUGCGGGAAACGAAAUCAGGGAAGAGGAUCGAAUGCAAAAUGAGUAUAGAGGUCGUGUAGGCGAGGGCUGGGCAUUACUAGAACGGUUUGGAGCUAUGAUUCAUGGUGAACAUUUGUACGAGUCUAAUAACCAAAUCAAGUACUACAAUACUUGGUCAAAAAGGGCCCAUGAUGCAUUUGAACAGUUGAGUUGA